AAUUACAUUAUCAGUAUUAGCAUUAACAGCAUCGCCUGUCCUUUCACAGUUCUGCUUAACGUGCUGGUAAUUAUAGUCGUCAAAAAAAGACCACGACUCCGAACUAACAACAACAUAGUACUGGCCUGUUUAGCGGUGACUGACGCAUUAACUGGUCUCUUUGGCCAACCGUUAUAUGUGUUGUGGAGGAUAUUCCUAAUAUUUGGCCUCAGUAGCAGUGAAAUACUUGAAAAUGUUUGUGUCUGUGUUAUGACUACACUUUCGUCUGCUUCAUACCUUCAUCUGAUGUUGGUUACUUUCGAGAGGCUCAUAGCGAUCAAAUAUGCGAUGCGCUAUUCAAACGUUGUAACUCAUAACAAACUGAAGAUAGCGGUGUUAGCAAUUUGGAUCAUUGGUUUCGUAUGUGGUACUUUAUGUGUGUUAAAAUGUACCUAGCUUUGAAUUAUAUUAAAAGCCUCAUCUCAAUUCCAUGUAUCGUGCUCGUUGGCUUCGCAUAUGUGAUUUUGUAUCAUGAAACCCGCCGCCAUCGAAGGAAGAUAAAAACACAGCAACUGCCCUAA